CUUCGGGGGUUUUCGUAAAACGUGUCCGUAAUAUCGGAUUCGGUUUUUUCGACGAGUAUUAUUUUAUUUCGAUUAUUUUAUUCGUUUCGAGGGUUUUUUUACUGCAGGAAAAUAUUGUAAAACCAUCGGCAGGAAAAUUAUAUUCGAGACGAGGUAAUUUCGUAAAAUACAGUUGCCAAGUUUUCCAUCACUUGACGCCGUAUCGGCUAGCAUGAUUCUGUGACUUCGCGCCUCGUACACGAGUGGGGAGAGUUAAGAAUGAGAUACGACAGAUAGUGGGGACCAAUGACGAGGAUAACCCUAGUUCAAAGUCUUAAAAACAGUUCCCAGUACUAAUAAAAAUGGUGUUGUAGAUUUUUAUAAGUAUAAAAACGCGUUAAAUUGGUUAAGUUUUUGUGCGAAUUUUUCAACAGUGCGAAAGUGACUAUUAUCCGAAUUUUAGUAUGGUGCACGGUACAGAAGAAUCGUGGUCCGAGAUGCCGUCGUCGACGAUUAAUAAAACGGUAAAAGUUGAGAAGAAGACGUUGUCUUCUUCUAAAAAUAGCGUACGUGAAAAUAAAGGCGCAGGUUCCAGACGUAUCUUUUCACCUGUAUUCAAACUACAAGUGCUGGAUUCGUACAGACAAGAUGCCGACUGCCAAGGUAAUCAAAGGGCUACAGCUAGAAAAUACGGUAUACAUAGAAGACAAAUACAAAAAUGGUUACAAAUGGAGACGAAUUUACGUUUAAGUGUGCAGCAAUCCAAUGCGACGGCCUUGAACCUUACUUCUGCCAGACAGCCUGACGGCAAUAAGGAAUGCAACGCAGGUAGCAUAUCUGUUGCUGAGGUAAAGAAAGUUUCUCUAUGUGCUGAUUCUAGUAAUAAUAAUAUUACGCUUUCGUCGUCGUCGUCGUCCAACGAUGUUGUUAAAUUAUUAAUAAAAGAAGAAUCGAAAUUUAUCAAUAAUAAUAACGAAAUUUGUGGCAAUAAUUCCGAUUCGGAGGAGUACGUGAACGUUGACGAAAUCACCGAUAGCGAAGAUGACGAUACCAGUAGCUGUUCGUCGUACGAGAAAAACGACAAAGCUUUAGAUUUUACUUGCGCUACUCUAAGUAAACGACGCUUUUAUACGACCGAUUUUAAGCUACACGUUUUGGACGCUUUUAAAAAUGAUAAAACGUGCCAGGGUAACCAAAGAGCGACAGCUAGAAAAUUUGGCAUACAUAGACGCCAAGUGCAAAAAUGGUUAAACCAAGAAAACCUAAUAAAAUCCGAACAAGCGUUGAAUAACACUUGUUUAGAUUUAUCGCAAAAUAACAAAAAAAGAAAACUCGACCAAUUAGAGCUACCCAGCAACGAUCGAUACGAAUCGACGAAAAAGAAGACUACGAGUAUUUCUCGUACCGAUGUCGUCCAAGAAUCGGCGCUUUGUUUGGUGAAAAACAAAAACCACGAUGCCGAGCCUAAUAAUAAUACGAGUACGAGUGUUUACCAUCAUGUGCAAGUUCACCAUCCUUCUUCGAUCGAACAUUCCUUUAGUAAUUCUUCGUUAAAUUACGUUCCUCCGGAGUAUCCUCUGUGCCUAUAUCAGCCUUGGAAUUGCUGUUACCAGCAGAUAUCCUCAUCCGGAUUCGUUCCACCUUCCAAGUAUUCUUAUUCGUAUACUUUCGACUUUAAAGUAGCCAACUAUGAAACUUCGUACGUUGAUAUUCCUGUGCAAUACGGAUUCGGUGAUAGUGUACCGUCAAAGUGGUUGAAAGAAAAUCCCUUAUACGUACACGAGCCACCGAGUAUUCAGGUAUUAAGCUCAUCAUCGUACAGAUGAAGUCUCUUCGAAAGUAUUUUUUACCAAUAUCGAAUAAUCUAAGAUUAUUUAUACUACGUUUAAAUUAUUUUAUGUAUACCCUUUUG